UCCUUGAAGCGCGAAAGUUUGCUCUUCUCUGUGCUCUCGAAGGUGAUCCAGGUUCUAGGCUGAGGUUUAUGCCAGAGUUAAUUCAUCUCGACUGCAUUGUCCUGUGAAGUGUUAACGUUACAUUUUGUAAUUUGUGAUAUUUUCGGAGUUAAGGCAGUGGUCUUAUUUUGAACCUCGAAGAAAACGAUACGCCCACUUCUUGAAAGAACGCGUAAGAACCAGGGAACACAGAAGAAGCAAAGGGAAAUUUCGAAAGCCAAUCGAAUGUGGUGUCUUGAGUGAAUGGGGGAAUAUAUUUCACCGAGUGUUGUUCACUGGAUUUACGAACGCUUAGUUCAUGGCUAAAUGCUGACCAGAGGAGCUGCUUCUGAUAAUGGUAGGUCCUGACAUCAACGCUAAACGUGUGCGGGGGACCUCAAAGUUUAGUGGAUGAAUAUUUUUGGCAGACUUCGAUGACCUGCUCGUUACGGGAAGAAGGUUCACAAUGCCAGGCCAGUGCUUCUGCUUACACCCGAAAUGCAUCUGCUUAUUCAUGGUGAACAUCUCCCAAAGCAAGUUGCAUCCUUUGGUGGAAUUCUGCCGAUCUACGAAGGAGAUGGAGACGCCGCUCGUCGUCCUCUUCGCCUUGGCUGUCAUCGCUAACGUCGUCAACGUAGCUGUUCUGUCGCACCUUCACCUGAGCGGGCCAAAACGAGCGGUUACUUCCGCAAGGGGUUAUCUCCUGUCCCUGGCUGUUUCCCACUGCAUGAUCGCCGCUGCUGGAAUUGCGAGGCAGUCGCUACCCAGGGACUACCAAGGACUCGGUGCUUGGGCCGCCUUCAUGCUGUACGAGGAGAUCGUGUUCGUGGCCUUGAAUUUCUGCGGGGUCAUUCUCAUCCUGGGGCUCUCAGUCGACCGUUACGUCGCCGUUUGUCACCCGCAUCGAUACGUACCCGCCGACAGUCACGAGCGAAUGAAGACCUUCAUUGCGGUGGCGUACGUUCUACCAGCGAUCUUGUACGUGCCCCACUUCUUCUACGAAGUGCCCCAGCACGGGGCUGAUGAUGUCUGGUUUAUGAAGCCCCACACUUCGCUACAGAAAAUCGUUUGGAAUAUUUGGGUGAUCGCCCUUCAACUCAUCCACAACGUCAUUCCUUGCUUGCUGAUAGUGGCGUUUCAUGGGAGAAUUCUUUACUGUGUUGUGCGUCUAGGACACACCAGAGACUCGAUGACCACCGGCUCCAGAGGCCCUGCUGGACACCAGCGAGAAAAGAGAAUCAUUUACUUACUGUUGGCCCUGACGCUCAACUUCCUGGUGACAAGCAUACCAGGAGCCUUGUUCAGGGGCGUGUACACGUGGCUGGGCGAUUUCUGCUAUUUUAAUCCUGACCACGAGACUGUCAUGAAAGCCUGUUGGUCACUUGAGGUCGUGGGGUAUGCCAGUGAUUCUGUCCUGUACUUUGCAAUGGAUGGGGAAUAUAGGGAUGCCUUUUGCUUCCUGCUGGAUAAGCUAUGCCGUCGGAUCAAAGCUCAGGGAACGAGUGGGAGUGUUUGAUAAAUCUUCGUUAUUUUUUUUUUUUUUUUUUUUUUUUUACAUUCGUAAGGAAUAAAUCAACACGGGUCCUCCCGACCAGCAUGCCAGUGCGUGAGCAAAGAAAUUAAAAGGCCGGAUCAAAAUCAAAGUUAAAAAUUAUAAAAGCAAACAAAUGAAUACCUACGACAAAACAUAUAAGUUUUAUUCAAGUUGUGAUAUAAGAAGAUGGACCAGAGUAGCAUGAUGUGAUAUCUUGAGGAAAAGAGAAGAUAUCAAGUGCACACUAGGGACGCAGUUUCCAUUCACUGGUUAGCUAGCUAUUAGGCCUCAUUUGUCAGCCACAGUGGCUCUCGCCAGAUCAAUCAUAUAAAGUUUGCUAAGCAAGUGUCACUUGGGUACCUAUGGAUAGACGCAACCAAACUGUGGAACGUAGACUGUGAGAAAUGUUGAAUAUUGAAUAUUACGUUUUUCUCUGAGUGUCAGUAACGGUGAUAAAGGUGAAUGAAUGGUAGAGUUUCAUUCACUCAUGCGUAGCUCUCCAGUCCUGUUCAUUGUUUCAAGUGCAGUGGUUAAAUAAAAAGGCACGUCAGAGACUGCAAACCUUGUGCGUCUAGUUUAAACAGAAGGCCUUGAGAACAGAUGAAUUUGUCUCGACAAAAUUUGGUGGAAACAAUCGCGGGAUCGCUUGUCUAGCUGAAACAUUAUUAUAACUCAUGAAAGAUGAUAGGAAAUAAAAAAAUAUAUCACGUUGAACUGACUUUCGCGUUUUAUCAUCCUGUUCAUGAGCAGUGAAAACAGUCUCUGACUAUUGCAUAGACAAAAUGUAUGAAAAUCAGGCUUUGAAUCUGUUAUGUAUGCACUUUAAAGUGUAUGCCAUUUAUGUCCAAUAAGUGUGGAAGUUUGGCUAAAGGAAAUAAGUGUAUGUGCUUGUAUUGGGAACACAAUAGCAUUACGAGAAGCCAAACGCAUCACUGCGUCUAAGAGGAGUAGUACGAUGGUCCACCAGAUUCUUAACGUUCUUCUUAAUAAAUCAUGCUUAUAUUUCGCUGUUAUUUGUACAUUGUGAUGUAAGUAUAACCUUUCAGUAACAAUCAACAUAUUAUAUAUAUAUAU